AUGACUAGUUUGGAACGUCAAAAUGACGUGUGCUUGCUACCUGGGCAAGAUAUUCUGCUGGCGACUGGUAAACUAGCAACGGAUGUUCUUUCAUCGUUAAGGCUUAUUACAGAAGACUAUGUAUUAGAAUUUGAGUUUUCCGGGAGAGACGCAAACGGCUGUAGAGUAAUGAGCUUAUUAGACAAAUCUAGAGAUCAAGAUGCCUAUUAUUUUGAAGGUGAUAUUGUCAUUUCGGGCAUUUCAGGCCGUCUGCCUGAAUCAUCAAAUAUUGAAGAAUUUAAGGAAAAUUUAAUGAAAGGGACAGACAUGGUCACUGAGGACGAGCGACGUUGGAAACCGGGUCUUUACGGUUCACCUUCUAGAUUUGGCAAACUUAAAAAUCUUCACAGUUUCGACGCUUCUUUCUUCAAGAUAUCUCCUAAACAAGCGCAUGUAAUGGAUCCGCAACUUCGCAUUAUGUUAGAAGUGACACAUGAGGCAUUGAUUGACGCUGGUGUCAAUCCUUCCACCUUGAAAAAAUCGCGUACCGGGGUGUUCAUUGGUGUUUCCACUUCCGAUGCGAAUGAUUUUUGGAAAACCAAGCCGGACGGAUAUGAAUGGCUCGGAAGUAGCAUAGCAAUGAUGGCAAACAGAAUCUCUUAUACCUUCGAUUUAAUUGGACCCAGCUUUUCGGUGGAUACACUUUGUUCUUCAUCUUUGACUGCUAUGCAUCAGGCAGUCGUGGCGAUACGCACUGGCGAUUGCGACGCAGCGAUCAUUGGCGGAUUGAAUAUUGUGCUUAAUCCGGUUCACUAUCUUCAUUAUCAUAAAAAGAAUAUGCUAUCCACAGAAGGUAAAUGUAAAUCAUUCGACAUCUCAGCUGACGGUUACGUGAAAGCCGAAGCAGUGGUCGCAAUAUACCUGCAGAAAAUGACAGACGCGCGCAGAGUAUAUGCUACAGUAAUGAACACAAUGAUAAACACGGACGGCUACAAGCCCGAAGGCAUCAUGUAUCCGAAUGGUGACAUUCAGUACCUGAUGUUGCAGAAAAUAUACAAUGAGGUGAAUAUUGAUCCCAAAGACAUAGUUUACGUGGAGGCGCAUGGUAGCGGUACCAGAGCGGGUGAUCCGGAGGAGCUCGGUGCCAUCGAUAAGUUGUUUUGCAAAGACAGAAAGACACCGCUGUUAAUCGGCUCGGUUAAAUCAAAUAUGGGACACGGCGAAGCUGCCAGUGGACUGUGCGCGAUCGCCAAGGUGCUGAUUGCGAUGGAAACCGGUGCGAUUCCGGCGAAUCUGCACUUUGUUACUCCAAAUCCAAAGAUUCCCGCGUUGACCAAGGGACGUAUUCGCGUACUUGACAAAGCUACGUCAUGGAACGGCGGUUUUGUGGGUAUCAAUUCAUUUGGCGCCGGUGGUACGAAUUCGCACGUCAUUCUGCGCAGCAAUUCGAAGGUAAAAAUAUCAUUAGAUACCGUAGAGCACCUAUUGCCGAAGCUGGUCGCCGUAUCGGGCCGUACAAAAGAAGCUGUACAGGUAUUAUUGAACAAGGCAAACGAGCAUCGACAAGACAAUGAGUUUUUAUCUCUACUGUACUCCGUGCAUAGUGAUAACAUACCGAAUCAUAACAUUCGUGGCUAUGAAAUACUCGCUUAUGAUAGUACGCGCGAGAUUGUCGAGGCGAAUUAUGACGAGAAACGUCCCGUUUGGUUUUUAUUUUCCGGUAUGAAUACUCAGUGGCCGGGUAUGGGACGCGAAUUGCUUGACAUCGAAACGUGCCAGCGUAGUCUACAACGAUGCGCUGAUGUAUUAAAGGAACACAAUGUUGAUCUAAUGAAUAUCAUCAUUAACGGUACGGAUGAAACAUACGAAAACGUCAUGGUUGCUACCGUGUCAAUCGUGGCCAUUCAAAUCGCUCUCGUCGAUAUGUUAAUAUUUAUGGGUGUGCAACCAGAUGGUAUAAUUGGACACUCCCUUGGCGAAAUAAGUUGCUCGUAUGCCGAUGGUGCGUUUACCCUAGAGCAAACAAUUUUGGCAGCCUAUUAUAGAGGCAAGUCGAUUAUAGAAUCCAAUUUGGAACCAGGCGCUAUGGCGGUGGCAAAUUUGAAUUGGGAGGAAGUCAAGAAGAUGUGUUUAAACGAUAUCGUUCCAGCCUGUCAUAAUUCCGAGGAUUUGGUUACCAUUUCUGGUCCACCCGUAUCUGUGAAAAAGUUCGUAGAGGAACUGAACAGCAAAGAUGUGUUUGCCAAAAUGAUCAAAUGCUGUGGCGUUGCUUAUCACAGUAAAUACAUUGCUCCAGCUAAAUCCAAAUUUCGCGCUUCCCUCGAUAUGAUUGUGCCGAAGCCAAAGAAAAGAUCUACCAGAUGGAUUUCUAGUUCGGUACCCGAGGUCGCAUGGGAUAGCCCACUCGCACAAUUUUGUUCACCGGAGUAUCACGUGAACAAUAUGCUGUCACCUGUGCUUUUUCAGGAGGCGAUUAUGCAUAUCCCGAAGAAUGCGAUAACCAUCGAAAAUCGCGCCACAUUGCUUGCUACAGACGAUUCUGCGUAA